AUGGGGGACUCGUUGGUAGUUUCCGUCUACUUUCCUCCCAGCGAGAAUUUAGAUAGUUUUUGUAGACUCGUUGAUGAGCUCGAUGAGCUCUUAGGUACAUUUCCCACUCUUCCAGCGCUUGUUGCCGGGGACUUUAAUGCUCGGUUUCCCAGAUGGGAUCCGGAAGGCAGAAGUAACCCAAGGGGCGAGUUGCUCUGCAUUUGGGCCAAUAGGUUGAACCUAAGCCUGGGUAACCAGGUUGGUCACCCCACGUGCGUUCGGCCGCAAGGGUCGAGCGGUAUAGAUCUUACGUGGGGAUCUCCGGCAGCUAGUGUCCGCUUAUCGGAUUGGAGAGUGGAUGAGGCUGAGUCCCUUUCGGACAAUUUGUAUAUUAUCUUUAAAUACAGGCAUGAGGCUAUAGGCUCCCAGAGACUUCGCUCCAGGGACAAAAUUUUCCCUAAGUGGGAUGCGAGGGCUGUGGACGAGGAUAGGCUUGCCGCAGCCCUCGUCUCCGGUGAGUGGACAAGAAACGCUAGUGACGAUAGGUGUGACCUAGUGAAGUGGGWGAACAAUACCCUUCUCGCUUCAUGUGACAUAUCAAUGUCAAGGGUUAGGAAAGGAGUGAACAGGUGUCGUGGGGUGCCAUGGUGGUCGCGGGAAAUCGCGAUACUACGAGGGGCAGCUACAGCGGCAAGGAGGCGUUACCUGAGGGCCAGGCGGGGUGGUGAUCCAGCCAGGAUCAUGGCGUACUUGAAAGACAGGAAAGAGAAGAAGAGAGAGUUAUCAAGGGCCAUCAGAAGGGGCCAAGGCCUCUGCCUGGAGGGACUUCAUCGCUACUAUCGAUGA